ACUCAAGAUAAUUAAUAUGUAAUUAUUAUAUGUUAUGUACAUAUAUAGAAAUUACAUAUCACUCAAAAUGGAGGUAAAACCUCCACUGCAGCAGCAAUGUGUGCUGACCACACAAGGUUGAUGAGUGUGUAAUGGAACCAAAGAGAGCUGUUCCUAGAGAGGAUUCUAUAAAGCCUGGUGCCCAACUGACAGUGAAGAAAAUUUCCAUCGGUGGUAUUAAAGAAGGAACAGAGGAAUAUAAUCUGAGAGAUUACUUUGGAAAGUAUGGCCAGAUUGAAACCAUAGAAGUAAUGGAAGACAGGCAGCCUGGAAAAAAGAGACGCUUUGCUUUUGUAACUUUUAAUGAUCAUGAUACAGUUGAUAAAAUUGUUGUUCAGAAAUACCACACUAUUAAUGGGCAUAACUGUGAAGUGGAAAAGGUCCUUUCUAAAGAAGCGCAGUCUGCUGGAUCACAAAGAGGUCAUGGAGGUAGAUCUGGCAACUUUAUGGGUCAUGGAGGAAACUUUGGUGGAAGACGAGGCUAUGGUGGUGAAGGUGGUGGGAGCAAAGGUAGUUAGGGAGGAGGUGAUGGUAGAUAUGAUGGAUUUGGGGAUGAUGGUAGCAACGAUGGUGGUGGUCCUGGUUAUAGUAGUAGAGGAGGCUAUGGUGCUAGUGGACACCAAGGAGGCAGAUACGGUGGCAGUGGUGGAGGAUAUGAUGGUUACAAUGAAGGAAGAAAUCAUGGAGGUAACUAUGGUGGUGGUGGGAGCCAAAAUGAUUUUGGAAAUUAUAGUGGACAACAGCAAUCAAAUUAUGGACCAAUGAAGGGGAACAGUUUUGGUGGAAGAAGCUCGGGCAGUCCCUAUUGUGGUGCUUAUGGAUCUGGCAGUAGAAGUGGUGGAUAUGGUAGCAGGAGGUUCUAAAAAAAACUGAGAAGAAAAGGCUAUAGUUCUUAGCAGGAGAGAGAGCGAGCAGUUGUCAGGAAAGCUGCAGGUAACUUUGAGACAGUCAUCCCAAAUGCGUUAGAGGAACUGUAGAACUCUGCCACAGAAGGAACGGUGAUUCAUUGUCAGAGAAGUUACUGCAGCUUAAACAGGAAACCCUUCUUGCUCAGGGCUUUCAUCGCCCCAGUUUGCAAACAGUGUAGCUAUUGAUUAAUGCAGAGUAGUGUCAAUUAGAUGAGGUCUUUUAUCUGUUACAGCUUUUUCUUUUUUGUUUCAUUAUAUCAGGUAUAUUGCCUGUAAAUUGUGGUAGUGGUGCCAGGAAUAAAGUUAAGAGAUUUUUAACUUUUCAAUAUUUGUGUCAUUCAGUUUUUCGACAUUGUAGUACAGAAACUUUAACAAAAUGCAGUUUGAAGCUGUUUCCUUGUGAGUUAACAAGAAUUGUUGUUAAUUACUAUUUUGUAUGAAUUUUGCUAAAGUUAGCUGUACAGAAAUACUUGCUGACUUGCAGUUUAAGGGAAAUCUAUUCUCUGCAUUUCCAAACCAUGAAAUGAAUGGGCUCUGACAUGUGGAGAAAAUAGAUAUUUGUAUGUUUGCUAUAUGUUUUAGAUAAAUAAAAUCAGGUAUUUAGAUUAGCAUAUUUGUGAAUUUAAUAGCAUUAAGGUUUACCCUCAAAUGAAAAAAAGAUCUCAAAACUCCGGAAAAAAAAAAAAGAAAUUUCAUAUCUAUCUAUAUCUAUCUACCUACCUAUCUAUCUAUCAAUCUAUCAUCUAUCUAUCAGAAAGCAUGGCUGAUAUUUGAUAAGUAUAUACUGGCUGGCUUCUGUUUUGAGUAGUUGAGCUUCUGAUUAGAAUGCUUGCUGCUGUACUAGUUAUUAAUUAUUUUGAAUGUCAUGCCUGGCUAUAAUCCAUAUUCUAUAACUGAAAAAACUCCACAAUUACUUGUCUUCUCUAAAACCACUAUAGGUUUUUCAUUUGUAGCUACAGAUUAACUUUCUGUGAAGUCACAAAAAUCUGAAAGGUGAGAACAUUGCAAAUUAAGAAUGCUAUUUUAAUUUUCUUUGAAUAGGCUUUCAAAAAAUGUUGAGAAUUUGGAAACAUUCUGGGUAACAAAUUUAAAUAUCCGUUUUUAUAAGGCACUUUCUGUGAGCUUAUUUUGGGUUCUUCUUUUACACAUCUGAGAAUUAAAAAAGCAGAAAAAUACAAAUUUAUA